AUGAGCCUGUUCUCUCUAGAAGGGGCCCCUUGGGGGCCCUACAGCUACGCGGGGGCCCCCAGGCUCUCACCUUGCGACCAGGCAACCGCAUCUGGCACAGCUCCUUGGCCGUCCCCUGCACGCAGUCUUCGAAAGCCGGCCCCCAAGGCUCCCUUGGCGACUCUCCUGUCCACAGUGGGGGCCCUGCACAGCGGAAAUCGAGGCUGGGGCAGGGGCCCCCUGCGCUCGUUGGACCUUCCCGAGGCUCUCAGACACCGACACCUGAGCCAACCCAUGCACUGGGGACUGCACAGCCAUCGGUUUGCUGCUGCACUGCUGUCUACAGUAUAUACAGCCAACACCGACAGCACCUGCGCUCCUAUCUGCGAGCCUCAGGCGCUCUGGCCCCCAGACGAGCAUGCGAUGCAGCCUCAGCCGCACCUGCUGCAGCACAUGCUGGUGGAUCGACGCGAUUCGAGAGCCAGCGAUCCUGCCAGCUUCGCGCGUUCCCUAAGAGUCUCUGAGGCGCCUUCACAGGAGGGGGGCAUGGCGCCCGUAGUCCCUUUGUCUCCAAGAGGAGGCGGAGGAACCCGGGGGGCCCUCCCUCCUUCUCGCACGGGUGAAGUGCCAGGGGCCCCCCCCCCCUCGCAGGCAACGGCGAGCACCGAGGGCAGUCGCAACGUCUCAUGCGUUCAAUUCGCUACUGUAAACGAGGCGGUGCUCGCUCUGGGGUUCGAGUCGGGAGCGCUAGAAUUCUGGCUCCUCCCACUCCCUCCGGGGGAGGGCCCUCCCCAGGAAGGGGAGGGGGCCCCCCAGGAAGGGGCCUGCACCCCUGCGUGCCGCUGUGUAGCCGACACGAGCUCAGAACCCCCCGACGGCGCCGCCUUGGGGAGCGCUGAAGAAGACCACAGCAGCCUAUUGAAGGCUCUCCACACGCUUCACGAGCAGAAGCAGCAUUUGCAGCAGCAGCAGUCGCAGCAGCAUCUGUGCAGCACCUGGGAAGGUGCAUUACGAGGCUCUCCCGAGGUGACAGCCUUGGCUUGGCAUCCCCAUGAAUUGCUGCUGGCUGCUGCCUAUGCGGAUGGCCGCAUCGCGCUGUGGAAACUGGAGACACAGGAACUGAGUAUGAACUCUCCUGCGUCUCCGACGGCAGGCGGAGACGCAGGGGAGGCCUGCGUGACUGUGCAUCGCAUGCACACGUUUCUCUUUGCGUGCCCUGUACCAGAGCCCUCUGCAUCUGUGCAGGAGGUUCUGGGGGCCCCCUGGACAGAUGCAGAGGGCCCCUCCCCCGCAGCCGCAGCCGACGUGCUGUUACACUCCCCCACCUCUUUGGUGUGGGGUCCUGAGGGGGAAUGCCUCGUCGUCGGAAGCAGGGAGGGAGCACUUCUCUUAUGGUCUUUAGGGGCUUUGCGGCAAUACCAGCGGGCGGCUGCACUCUUGGAGGCCGGGGGGGGGGCCCCCUUGAGGGGCCCCUCCGGCCGAAGGCUGAUGGUGCCGCCUUCAGGAAAUCCAGCGUUUCUCCUCAAGAAAGAUGCCUUCUCUUCCGCUGAGAAAGUGGCAGCGCUCAGUUCUGAGGGUUCUCUGUCUCUGCACGACAGCGUUCCCAGAAUCCGAGGAGGUUCUUCUCUCAAGACUCUCAGCAACGCCUCCACACAACCCUCCAGUGCCUCGCCUCCAGACACGCCAGUGGGUAGAGACGCAGGACUAACGACUCCAGGCCCCCAGCAGCAACAGCCACAGCAAAAGCAGCAGCAGCAGCAGCAGUGUAAGACGCAGGAGAAGAUUCCUUCAGCCGUAGGAGAAGAUCCCCCUCCCUGGGGGUCCCCUAGUGCCACAGCGCCUGUACCCCAAAUCUGCGAACCCUUUGAAGGGACAGGUUCCACUCAGUGGCUGGCUCCUCCUACGGAGCCAGACGACUCGAGAUGCUUGAGGGAUGCCCACAGUCGGCUGUUGCAGAGGUUCUUGCCGCAUUUUGGGGGCCCUCGGGUGCAGCUUCACGUACCGGAGGAGACCCCUAGCUGCCCCCUGCGGCGAAGGCAUCCAGAGUCCUCUGCUGCUAGGGGGCCCUCUAUAUCGGGGGUUUGGCUGCUGGGGAUCUCUUCAGUUAUUCGGGAGGCUCAUGGCGGGAAAGUUCGUUGCCUCUCGUUUUGCGUUCACGACUCCAGGGUGCUGCUCUCAGCAGGCGACACUGCGGCAGGAGCAGCGGGGAGUAGAGGCCUUCUGUUGCCUAUGCCCGCUUGCGGCAGCAGCAAGCUGAAGCUUUGGUUUCAAGACUCCGAAGCCAUACAACCGUUCCCCAUCCUCGAGAUCUUUCUAGAGGGCCUCGUAAGUCACGUCAAUGCUGUGGAGCAGACUUACUGGGGAGUUGCUGCUCGCGCACAGCUGGAGGAGGCCCUGCGGAGCGUCCUAUGCGCCGCCUGUAGGGGCCCUUAA